UAUUUUUGCUCCUGGCCAACGACGACUGUAUAGAAUACAAUGACUCGACGACAAAAAUCAUUUAAGUUACCCUUAAAAAGUCACGGGUAAUAUUAUUGGUUAGAAGUUAUGGCCGCGUAAGCAUGCAAAAUAAAAGUGUGGCACAUGUUUUAACAUAAAAUUGAAUUAUACAGUAACUUAAUCUUGUUAACUGUUCAUUAGUAUAACUUUACCUACUGCUAGCUUUUAUAAUGGCGUUUUUCUUAAGCAGUUAUUUGCGGAAUGUUUGAUAACUGAAAUUAGGUUAUUAUCGGGGACCUCGAUGACACGCCAUAAAGCCAUCAGUACAGUUGGCAUCGAGCCACGGGUGAAGAGUGACAGAAGCGAGCCCGUGAGUCAGCGCUCAGCGGUACGCGGAACCUGUGUGCGGCGGCGCGAUCGAUAGACACUGCACCCCACCCCGUCUGCACCUGCCCCGGCCCGGCCCGGCCACCGUACCUCCAGCGAGCCGUCCGCUGCACGACAAACAACCACACCACGAAAAAAUCCUUAAAAAAUCAGUAAAACCAGUGCUUUUAUCAAGAGUCAAUUUCGUCACUUAUGUACUAACAAUUUACCAGUUCAAGGUCACGUCGAACGUUGACCCCUGACAAGACUAGGAAUAACAUCUACCUCAUACCGAACUACGGCAAUCCGCGGUGCUUAUUAUGUUUAUCGUAUUGCGACGUGAAAUUUAUUUUUAAUAAUUACGCGGACACAAGGUCGUCUUAAAUUCUCUUGUGCACAAAUGGUGGAUCUCUAUCAUUGCAAGUUCGCGCGUGCUCUAAGGUGGUUCGCAACAAAGGACGUUGCGCUAAUUAGUAUACCCUGAUUUCGCUGCGAAAGUUCCUUUUGUGCCUUUUAUUUCUGCAAUGGCAUCAAAAGUCCUUGUUCCAGCUGCACCUUUUACUAAACUGCAAGUAAAGAAGUCAUCUUCUGAACAAGGUGGAAGCAACAUCAUCAUCAGUAGUGGAGAUGCAACCGCCAGAAUCGCUCAUUUGGAGCACAGUGUACGUUUCCUUCAAGAACAGCAUCGGUUGAUGUUGAGCGGUCUCCAUGCAGAGAUCGAAGCCCUUAGGGAGCGAAAUCGAGAUUUGCAAUUCCAACUCAUAUUCAACAAAGAAUCGACACCGAAAAUUCCUCCUGCUCCAGAAGAUAACGUUGAGUCUAAUGAGGAAGCGCUGCGACGCGAAGUCGCCCGGCAAGAACGCGAAGCCGCCGCCGCGCGGGGCGAAGCGCGCAGUGCCGAAGCGAGGGCUCUCCAGCUGCAGAGGCUCGUCGACGCCCAAGCCGAGAAGUUGCGCGAGCUCGAGCUGCAAGCGCGCGGCGGCGAGCGCGAGGGCCCCGGGGCGGCGGACGCCGACGAGUCGCGCGCGGAGCUGCGCGCGCGCCUGGCCGAGGCCGAGCGGCUCGUGCGGCGCCUGCGCGCGGACGCCGACCGCCAGCGCAGAGAGGUACUCGCCGAGGCGGCCGACGGCGUCACCAACCUCUUGUUUGACGGCGCGCACGCAAGACAAGCACACUUGCAAUGUAUGAAGAACUCCUUGCACGCAAGUCUUCGCGCUAGCGGUGUAGAAGGUUAUUACCAGAGCAACUACCACUUUCCACCUGUUCACGCACCUGAAUUUUGGAGAGAACCACUUCGAGAGUAA